AUGGAGGCCAAUGCCCACGCUGCCGCUCUUCUGGCCGAGCUCAACCAGGACCUCGAGCUAAUCAAGCAGAUGGAGUCGCACCUGCAUGAUCUCGACCUCUGCAGGGCUCUAGCGCCCAGGCUCAUGUCCUCCAUCCAGAACUCGAUUCUCAUUGCUAGCGAUCGGCCUCCGAGCAGCGAGACGCCCAAGAGAAGGUACAUACGUCGCAAACACGCAUUGGCCGCUUGGGAAGGCGAUGCGAUGCACUCGAGGACGCGCAAAGUGAGGCUGAGCUCGGUGGCUGGGGAGUCGAAGGUGUUAAAGUACGGACAGAAAGAGAGCCAAAUAUCCAAGAGCUUAUUUCCGGUGCACCCACAGCGAGCGCCUCCCUCGGCUGCCCCGCACGCGAAGAAGCUGGUGCAGCGAUCGGACAACGACCUGCUGGUCUUCGACGUCACCUACCACGAGCUCCUCACUUGCCUUCAGCAGCGAAGGGAGCAGGAGGAGCAGGCAUGUAAUGUACGACAGCCAAGAACAGAGGAUGGCAGAGAGGCUUGA